AUGGUUAUAUUUGUUAGGAAAGGUUGCUCGGCUGGAAUGUCGUCGUUCUGCUGGGGAGAGCCGUCCGGAUCUUCCGUCGGCACCACCGCCGUCUUCGCAAAUCGUUCGUUUCUUGCCUUCUAUCAUGAUGUAGGGAAAGCUCGAAAAUGCUGGAAAUUUUCAAAUUAUACCGUUUCUAAGAAGUUUUUCUACACGCCUAACGUCUUGGUUCCUGAAACAUUUGCUCCAAAAUUGAAUAGAAAAAUUAUUCAGCAUGAAUUUCUCGUUAUCAACCUUGAAAAUUUCGUACAUUUUGCGACAUUAAUUGAAACUAGAGUUGAAAUUCUUAUAAUUAUCCAUUUUAGAAGAAGUAGUAUGAUCACUUAUUUCUUGAUAAUAUUUUUAACCCCGUUUUUUUCUAGUUUCGUUUCAUUUUUCAAAUGCCAGUUAUGUCGAAGGGCUUCUUUCAAACCUUAUUUUAGUAUUAUCUUUAGAAACCAAGUUUAUUUUUUUAAAUUUUUGUCAAAAAAAUAAUCGGAAAGCCCCACGCUUUCGUUCAGCCAAUUCUGAAGCCUAAUAGGUAAUACAUCGGAGAACGGAUUAAAACUUGGCUUAAUGAAGAGAUCUCUGACUUUUUUCUUCUGUUCGCAACUAUUUUUGAGUCACAAUAGAUCUUUGGAUCCGAUAUCAGUUCAAAUUAGAUUCCAAGUGUUCUUAUUUACAAAGAUUAGAAAAUGGCCUUAUUUUUCUCAUUUUUGAGGUUGAAGAAAUUUUAGAAGGUUUGAGGAUUCCCAAACUUAUCCUUAUUUCAAUUUAGUUCUUCUCAAAAUCAUGAGUUCAGUUUUCUCUGAAAAAAAUUAAUUCUCUUAUAAAUUUCAGUUUUCUAAUUGAAACAGGUGAACUUUUGAGUGAAAUGAAGGUUUCUGAAACAUUCAACACCCACUCCUUCCAUUUAUUCCUUUUAGACAACUAUUUUGUAGUGACCAGUUAGUCAGAACUUCCAAACACUGACGAAACGUGAGAAAUUCGAAAACAUCUGCAGAAAAGCGUCAGACGAUUUCCCACACCCCAACUAAUUUCCGGCCAACUCCACAAAUAUAUGGUUAAAUAUAACAAAUCGAUGGUUUAAGCGGAUUACAAGUUUUUCCGACACAUUCGGGUUCAAAUCUCGUUAGAAGAGCAAUUUGAAGACUUAUUCUCGGCUUUCAUGCGUCAUUUUGUCACGUUUUGCUCUUUCCAUGAGAAAAUGGUCAGAGAAUAGGAAUGAGCUAUAUAUUUUUGCUCAGGUCGAAGAGAAUGGGUAUAAGGAAUGUUUUUGCAAUUUAUUACAAAGAAAGUUUUUUCAACUGGAAAACAGUUCUUCCUGAAGAGAGUCUAUUCAUCUGAAACAUAUUCGUAGAGAAUUUCUAUUUUUCUCGAAAAUAAUAGCUCAAUUAUUUAACUUUUAUAGAUUAAUAAACAAAACUUGAAAAAAUGCACCUAUUGAAAAUAAUAAUUUUUAGCUUUAUCUGAAAAUAAAUUCAAAAAAACCUCGAACUCUGGCUUUUCAGAAAGCCUAAGCAACAUGUGUUUCAAGACUUCUAUAAUAAUCUCAAAAAAGAAGAAUUCACAUUAUACUUCCUUCAACGAGGAAUUUCAUAAUGGAAGCACUUCUAACAGCAAAAAAAGUUUCACUAAGAAACCGGAUUAAAAUUUCAUUUUUAAAAAGUUUCAAUUACCGUUGAAGGAUUUUUUUAGAAUGCUACCAUCAAAAAAACUUAUAAAGGGGGUAACUUUCACGUAUUUUUCUGAACAUAUAGAUGUAAGCUCUGUACUGGGUGGAUAAAUAGUGCAAAAGCCUGAAACGGCCUGAAAAGAAGCCUGAAAAGACGCUUCAGGGGUCACUUUCUUGAAAAUUGCGCUUUGAAGCUUCUGUUCUUGAAAAAUACAGAAUUUUUCAAGCUAUAAGGAUUUUUAGCCGGUGCUUCGAAAAGCAAAUAAAAACGAUUCUUGAAGUUUUGCGGGAAAUUCCUUUCCUAAAUAGCUUGAAAAUCAUAAAAUAUUGACGAAUGAUCUCGAAAGGCUAUCGCUAGAAUCCAAAAAAAGAAUAAAUGAAAUCCGACUCAUUUCCAGCGGUUCCAACGCUGACCGAGACCUUGGCGGCACUCCAACUUCCUCUGGUCUCCUCGCAAAUGUUGUCAGUCGCCCUUCCGCAAGACUCCUUCCUCACAGCCCAAACUCUAGAAUCCCUUUCAAAAGUAUUUUAAAAAUUAUCAAUUCAUCUCAAUCUCCCAAUUUCAGACAAUCAGCGCCACCUCGUUCGUUCUGGCCAACGCUCUUGCCUCUCCAGCCCCAAUCCAAACAAAUCCGAUCGUCGUCGAGCCUCCAGUCGUUCUUUCCCCAGUCGCUGACGUCUUCAACCCGUUUGGCUUGACCGAUUCGACGAUGUCAACGUCGACGUCGCUCAACGAACCGACGACGUCUUCUUAUCCUUCCGCUCUGACCGCCUUCAGAAGAUUCAGUGCGCCGGAGACGACCUUAUCCGAGCCUUUUUCGGACCACGACAGGCGGAGGUGGAGAUUGGAAGGGAAUCGAAGUGGAUUUGAAGUUUCAGGUUCUCUGAUUUCACGGUGGAAGCGUUGCUCCGAAGUCCAGACCAUCAGAGAAUUUCCGUGGCAAGCGAAAGUCGACGAGGAAUGGGCAGAAAACAGAGGUGAGAUUGAGGCCACAGAAACAAGUCCUCUAAAAACAAAUGAAAACUUUUCGAAAGUCUAGUCUGAAAUUUCCUUUUUAACAUCAAAAAUAUUUUAUAAGCUUCACUUGAACGGUUUUAAAGCUCGUAGUGAAAAUUUCGGGAUCCCGAUGAAUAUCGUUUUUUUUCCUCUCUUGGUCUUGUCUGACAAGCUCAUCUUCUCAUUAUAAGCCGGAUCAAUGGUUCUGAGAUUUUCUGUUACCAAACUAUACUUAAAAGCUUAUAAGAUCAAGUUUUUAAGGUAUUCACGAGCAUAUAAAUUUUUCCAGUCAAUACCUUUUUAGUGCAUCCUGAAAAAUUAUCCAAAGUUCCUUGCAUACCAGAAAGUUCAAUCAAGAACAGUUUCAGAACGAUUUACGGGAUGCGACAGACGGAAGUUCUAGAGGAGGCUUUUCACAGCCAGCGCUACAUGGUCGGGGCAGGUCCGUAGAUGAUCUUCAAGACCCUUUGAAAGUAAUAACUCUUCAGAAAGGGAAACCCUGGCAAGUCGUCUCGGCCUGACUGAGGCCCAGGUCCGCGUCUGGUUCCAGAAUCGUCGCAGCAAACAAAGAAAACUGAACCGGAGGGCUGAACAGGACCCGCCGAGUUGA